GCCCAAUAUGGUCAUCUUCUUCCCAACGCUUCCUUCCCCAAUCACUGAACGAACCCCAAUCUCCAUUUCCGCCGGCUUCGUCUAUUCAAGUCACCUUCUCAUCUUGGAAGGUUCUCCACCGCCACUCACUUCACCACAGAUUUCUCUAGUGCUGCGUAUUAAUCAAACACCAUGAAUUCUGUUGCAUCACUAUACAGAAGAUUAAGUAUCAGGGAUCUGAUCUCCAGCACUCCUGUUUACAACUCCGCCACUGAUGUAUCUGGAGAGGGAUUGAGUCUGGUGCUGAGGCGAUGGGCUAGCAAGAAAACGGCUGGAUCCACUAAAAAUGGCCGUGACUCGUUGCCCAAGAAUCUCGGGGUCAAAAAGUUUGGUGGAGAGAGAGUGAUACCCGGAAACAUCAUUGUUCGUCAAAGGGGUACACGUUUCCAUCCAGGGAAUUACGUUGGUAUGGGUAGAGAUCACACCCUCUACGCCUUGAAGGAAGGCUGCGUCAAGUUUGAGCGCAACAAGCUAACUGGGCGCAAGUGGAUUCAUGUUGAGCCGAAGGAUGGCCAUGAGCUGCAUCCAGUUUAUGCAAAGAUGAGUGACAUUGAUGCUGCGGCUGCUGCUGAGAUGAAGACGGCAGCUUAGCUCAGGUUGUGUUCACCGUGGUAAUGCAGCAUCUGUUUGGCGAAAAUAGGCUGCUAACAUUUUGAAAGCUGAAACAAGUUUCAAUUUUUGAUUGUUUAGAUGUAAAAUGCUGUUAAUGACAGCAGCACUUGCCUUAAUUAUGCUUGAUAGGGUGUGGAAUUGUCUCAGUUGAAAUAACACACUUUGCGAGAUUUAUUC